ACGUUCCAUUAUUUAAGGGCGUUUGGUUUCCUACUAUGCCUUAAAUUUUGUUACUUUGGUGCAUCUUCUCACACCAUCAAAAAUGUCUUCUUAUUGGAACAUUCCACUUCUCAUAUUAGCUCUUGGAGUGGUAUGGUGGUUUUCAGGUCGCCGGAAUAAAAUCGUCGGUGAUCGCCGACUGCCACCCGGUCCUCCAGGACUACCAAUUAUCGGCAACCUCCACAUGUUAGGUAAGCUCCCUCACCACAGCCUCUGUAAGUUGGCAAAUGAGUAUGGACCCAUCAUGUUCAUUCGGCUUGGUCAAGUACCAGCCAUUAUAGUCUCUUCACCGAAGGCAGCUGAAUUGUUUCUCAAGACCUAUGAUGCCAUCUUUGCUAGUAGACCCAAUAACUGUGCUGCCAAACAUUUGUCUUAUGGUGGCAAAGGCAUAGCCUUCACUCAAUAUGGCCCUUACUGGAGCAAAAUGCGUAGGCUAUGCAUAACUGAGUUUCUUGGCAACUCAAAGAUUGAAUUGUUCAAGUUGAUGAGGCAAGAAGAGCUUGGAAACCUUGUUCAGUCACUCAAGAAAGAUGGUGAGGUUGGUGCCAUGGUGGAUAUCACUGCCAAGGUUGGAUCACUCAUCGAGCAGAUGACUUACCGGAUGGUGUUUGGAGAAAAGGAUGAUCAGUUCAAUAUCAUGAAACCAGUUAUUAAGGAAGCCUUAAGGAUUUCUGGUGCUUUCAACCUUGCUGAUUAUAUUCCUUACAUCGGCUUACUUGACAUUCAGGGAUUGAUUCACCGCAUGAAGACUAUUAGCAAGGUUGCUGAUGAGUUCUUAGAGAAGCUCAUUGAGAAUCAUUUGCAAGCUACUAGAGACCACAAAGAUGAUUUUCACAAUGGCUUCAUUGAUACAAUGUUGUCCUUGAUGAUAAAAUCUGGUGGGAAACAGGAUCAGCAGCAGUACAUGAUGGAUCGGAUAAGUAUCAAAGCAGUCACAAAUGAUAUGCUUGUUGGUUCAAUGGACUCAACAACAACCACAAUUGAAUGGGCCAUUUCGGAACUCUUGAAACAUCCAAGGGUCAUGAAAAAGCUCCAAGACGAGCUAAAGAAUGUUGUUGGCAUGAAUCAAGUAGUGAAAGAAGAAGAUUUAGCAAGGCUAGAAUACUUGAAUAUGGUGAUAAAGGAAAGCAUGAGGCUUCAUCCUCCUGGACCACUGCUUGUUCCUCGUGAAUCAAUGGAGGACAUAACAAUUGAUAAAUACCAUAUACCUAAGAAGUCUUGGGUCAUCAUAAAUGUUUGGGCAAUAGGUCGGGACCCUAAUGUGUGGUCUGAUAAUGCUGAAGAAUUCCUCCCAAAGAGAUUUAGUGGCAACAAUGUUGAUAUUCAAGGACAUGACUUACAACUUAUCCCAUUUGGAUCAGGUCGAAGAGUUUGCCCUGGUUUGCAAUUGGGACUAACUGUGGUUCGACUAGUUCUUGGACAAUUGGUGCAUUGCUUUGAUUGGGAGCUUCCAAAUGGAAUAUUACCAAUUGAUUUAGACAUGAAUGAGAUAUAUGGCCUCACGGUGUCAAGGGCAAAGCCUCUGCUCGCUGUUCCAACUUAUCGUCUUCAUAUCUCCAAGUAAUGAGAAUAGUCUAGAAACAAUAGUAGCUAUUGUAUGAACUAUAGAUUAAAGGCAUACAUGACAUUACAUACAUAGCGUCAUGUUUAGAAUUAUGCACUUUUUCUUUUAUCCUAAAGGAGGGAAACAAUUUGACUGACUCCCCUACUAGGAGGGCCCGUUCUUUGACAUGUAGGGCUGUUUGGUCCAAUUCCACUCCAUGGCUUCUUGAAGCUUGUAAUUUGGAAUCUAUGUGUACUACACGUAAUUCUCAAUAAAGCUUUGUUUACCAAAAAAAA